CAGCGGGCUCGUUGAUAAUAAUACAUUUUGUUUCUCCUUCUUCUUGUCCUUUUUUUGGUUUUCUUCUUUUUUUCUUUUUUUGUUACCAUUUAUCUUUGGCGGGGAAGAUUCCCUUUUGUGAUUCAUCUUUUUUAAACGCUUGGUGAUUUUCCCUCUCCUCCCCCUUCUUUCUUUAGUUUUAACUAAAGCAAAAUAAUCCUUUUCUCCCCCCCUUCCAUUCUUUUUUUUUCUUUCCUUCCUUCUACUUUGUUAAAUUAUAAUAUCACUUGCUCAUCUUGUCGUGGUUGUCCUUGUCAUGUCGUCGACCAACACCUACGCCCAAGAAGAUGGCGUGUCUGCGUUACAUACCCCGCAGGAGCAGUUGUGGAAGAUCAUUAGAGAGCAACGCGUCAUGAUACAGACUUUGGAGAAAGACAAUGCCAGAUUAACAGCCCAGCGCGACGGGCUGGUCGAUAGAGUUCAUUGUCUGGAACGUGAUUUGGCCCGAACUCAACGAGCCGCCUCGAUCUUGAUCACACCUGAAGCCAUGAGAGAAAUCGCUGAAGCAGAAGAAGCAACCACACCCGUUGAAUCAUCAUCGCCGCUGGAUCCGCUGAAUAUCAGUUUCUCCCCCCUCAGUCCCAUGCCGCCUCCACGGUCUCCCUAUCGUUCAUGUAAAGAAGCUGGUAAACCGCACGAACUGAGCCAUGACGGUCACGAACCCGCUCCUUUCAACAAAAAUUCCGUGUCGCCAUCCACCGCACGAUCGAGAUCGGCUGGUUGGGAACCAUCGGCAGGAGGGGAUGACGAAGAACGAUCGCCACCCGGUACGCCGGCACCUGGACCUCAUACACCAACAUCUCUACGAAUGACCAUCAUGGAAAAAGAUGCUCAGCAAUAUGCAAAAUACCAAUCGUCGACAGCCAUGAAAUCCGUGAAAAGUAAACCAUCGCCCGCCUCCUCUUUACCCGCUCCCAUACCACCGCCGCAUGGAUCCCAUCUUCAGCAAUCCAAUCAGCGAGGCACCAUGAUGCCCAUACCACCUAUACCGAGUAAGUCCACGUCGCUGGAUAUCCGAAGAUCCCCACGAGCGCGCGACUCCAUGAUGCCUCCUGCUCGUGCUAUAUUGGAUCAUGAUCCGUCCGUACGGGCAGCUUCACCUCCUUUAUCGCGGUCAGCCACCUACGUGCCGUAUGUCGUACCCAGCGAAAAUGCAUUGUCUUUGAACGUGCCCAUGUCUGCAGCGACCACGCAGCGUAGCAAACGAGAAAGCAAAAUGUUUACAGGCCGUUUGGAUUUCUCAGCCAUGGGACCCAGUGUACCUGACAUUGACGAAGAUGGGGAUGCGCCGAUCCAGUCGGAAGAGCCUCACGGCAUGUUUAGUCCUUUUGACAAUUUUGCCAACAUUUCCAUCAAAGUGUUGGGAUCCAAUAUUCGGACCAAUGACAGAGGCAAAGAGGUGAUUUCAUUCGUCAUCUCUGUCGGUAAAAAGUCCAAUGCUCAUGAGAAAGAGGGCUCUGACGCCGAUUUUGAAGAAUUAUGGCGUGUGGAGAAAUUGUAUUCGGAUAUUCUCGGUCUAGACACCAAGCUGAAAGCCCAGCGCAACCGGGCGGUCACCAGUCGUAUUGGCAAAUUGCCAGAUAAGGCAUUGUUUGCCACCAAUGCUCCAAGUAAAGUCGAUCAACGCAAGAUGGCGUUGGAGCAAUACUUGCGGCAUGUGGUGAUGUUGCCUUUGGACGAUAUUUCUGAUCUUUGCGAGUUCCUCAGCACGAAUGUGGUGGGACCUGAAUAUCGGCGUCCAGCGGGCCGAAAAGAAGGUUAUCUUACCAAGCGAGGUAAAAAUUUCGGAGGAUGGAAAACCCGAUACUUCGUGCUUAAUGGGCCCGUGCUCGAAUACUACGAUUCCAAGGGCGGCAAUUUAUUGAGUACCAUUCGAUUAACGAAUGCCCAAAUCGGUCGUCAAACUUCGGCCAAUAAUGUACAAGCCCUGGAUGACAGUUUCACGUCGGUGUAUCGUCACGCUUUUCUGAUUAUGGAACAGAAACGGACAGGAUCGUCGCAUGUGGUACGCCAUAUUCUGUGUGCUGACUCGGACGAAGAUCGUGAUGAAUGGAUUGAAGCGCUGUUCCUCAACAUUCGUUUUGAUGAUACCUUGGAUGCGACUCAACCUAAACGGGACGAUCGAAACAUCCCGCCAACCAUCGCGAAACGCAACAAAAAACCAGAAAAGCCGCGUAAAUUAUCCAAAGGUGAAAUUCGCACCGUGUCGGCCGCGCCCAUCAAAGACAUGAAGCUCGAUACGGGGGCCGAUCUUCAAAAAUUGAUCUCAGUGCCUACCAUUCAUAUGGCACCCUCCCCAAGUACAGAGAGCAUGCCUGAAGGAGUGGGAAUUGCGAUUACUGGUUUAACCCCCAGUUUCUCCAACGAAAGUUGUGAAUCACUGUCACUUUCAUCCUCAGUACCGAGCAAUACAUCGACCGCAUGGUCAGCGGAUCAAGCCACGUCUCCCCAGUUUGUCAGUACAGGAAGAACGAGCUUCGAUCAAUCAUCGGUGCGUGGACUCCAGACGCCCAAACCCACCAUGGUCCGUCGUAGUUCCAUGGUCAAUUUACUGCAUCACGCCGAAGAAGAGAAUGGAUCCCGUUCAGGGGCGACCUCGCCUUCGCAUGGACGUGAAAGCGACGAAUCUUUGGAAGUGCCUGCGGAUGUCACGGAAAAGAAAACGAAAAACAAGUCUAACCGCAUGACAUUCUGGGGCAAAAAGAUGUUCAGUAGUAGCAGUAACAGCAACAGCGUUGGCGGGAACAAUAAUGCGAACGAGACAAUGCCUGUGCCUGCCAAUCCACGUCCUUCCACGUCCACAUCAGCCACCACGUUUUCGGAAGCUUCACGACCAAGCACGACGACGUCUUCUGGUUUCCGCAGCUUUUUAUCAAGAACGUCCUGUGAAUCUUCGAACGAUCGUCAGUCACAGAAAAAAUCCAUGUCCGAAGAACCGAUGCCCAACAAACAAGUGUUUGGUGUACCCUUGGAAGAAGCAGUACGCGUCUCGGGUGUGUCGGAACGAUACCCUUUACCAGCCAUUGUGCUCCGCUGUAUUGAAUACCUUGAUGCCAAAGAUGCGGUGUUGGAGGAAGGCUUAUACCGUCUCAGUGGCAGCAAUACCAUGAUGAAAUCAUUAAAGGAGAAAUUCAACCAAGAUGGAGACUUUAAUCUGUUGGCCUCAAAGGAAGAAUAUGACGUGCAUGCUAUUGCUGGUCUGCUGAAAAUGUGGUUGCGCGAAUUACCAACGAGUGUGCUGACACGAGAGCGUCGAAUGGAUUUCCUGCACGUGAUUGAUUUGUUGGAUCGCAAGGAACGCGUCAAUGAGCUUGGACGAUUGGUGUCGUCACUCCCGUUGGCGAACUAUACUUUACUACGUGCAUUGACAGCUCACUUGAUUCGGGUGGUGCAGCAUGCGGAUGUGAACAAGAUGACGAUUCGCAAUGUGAGCAUUGUAUUCUCACCUACGCUCGGUAUACCAGCUACUAUAUUUAAUCUUUUUAUGAGCGAGUUUGAGUACAUCUUCUGGACUACCGAAGAGGGCGAUGCAGCGCCACGGUUGCUGGAAGAAAGCGAGAAAGAAGAAGAAAAACAAGAAGAAGCGGUAGCAGUAGCAGCAGCGAGUGAAGACGAAGGAGGGUCAGGGGCUGCUACAGCCACGAAAGUUGAGAAUGGAUUCAAACCACUGGGACGCAAACCUACCCUGAAAUUACGCGAAGAGCACGGACGCAGUAAUCGAAACAGUGUCAAUUACAUGGACGGCGCACCUGUCGCUAUCGUUGAUCUGGAAAAGCAUAUGGAUGGUCCUCCUGUGCUUGACGAAGAAGUGGACGAGGUGGACGACUUGACAUUGACGGUUGGUUUGGAGGAAGAGGCGGAUCUAUUGAUCAAUGAAACGAGCAAACAAGGUGGACCAAGCGAGGCAUAGAUGGCCGUUUUCCUUUUAUAUAAAAAAAUUAUGUAGCUUUUACAGUGUGUUUAUUUCCCUUCAUUUUCAAAUUCUUCCUUUUAUCUACAAUACCUAUUAAUCUUUCUUUAUUUCUUUUUCUUGCCUUUCUCUAUUGAUAUUUAUUUCCCUUCGUUAUUAUUAUAUUAUUUUUUUUAAUAUUCCAUUCACAAAAAUGACGCAGAUGCACAUUACUUGACUCGUAUAUUUUCACCAAAAAAAAAGGAAUGGGUUGCAUAAAAUAAUCAGACAACAGUUUUACGGAAAUGCAUGAUGCAAGGAGAUUUUUACCAUGCUUGAUUUGGACUUGUAUUCACACAAUGGCAUCAUGAUAAAAAU